AUUGUCUUAAACAACCCACCCACUUUUUUCUAAUGGAACAAACAGCUCACUUGCUUCUUCUCAUUCCAUUAUCAGUCUCCUUCAACUCCAACUCAUCUUUGUGCCUUGGAUGGUUUUUUCCAAAGACUUAACUCAACCAGCUACACCAUACGCUCAUUCCUCAACCCACCAUUAAUUGUCCUCCAAUCCUUUCUGUUCUGCCAAUACUCCAUUGAUCUCUGAGCUUUGAGCCAUGGCGGAGUUACUAUCGGCUCUUUUGCCUGCCCUCCUGAAGAAAGCAGGUGAGUCUCUCGGCACAGAGUUUAGUUUCAUCGGGGGUAUUGAACGACGGCGUUCGGAGCUGUAUACCUUGCUGCUUGCCGUCAACCAAGUGAUCAAUGAUGCCGAGGAUCAGGCAUCCAAGAAGCCUGCUGUGAAGUCUUGGAUCGCAAAGCUGAAGCUGGCUGCCUGUGAUGCUGAUGACGCCCUUGAUGAGCUGCACUACGAGGAGCUCCGCUGCGAAGCGCUCCGUCGUGGGCAUAAAAUCAAUACUGGCGUAAGGGCUUUCUUCUCUUCUCAUUAUAAUCCUUUACUGUUCAAGUAUAGGAUAGGAAAGAGACUCCAGCAGAUAGUCGAGCGGAUUGAUCAGCUUGUUUCGCAAAUGAAUCGAUUUGGGUUCCUAAAUUGCUCCAUGCCAGUGGAUGAGAGGAUGCAAACCUAUUCCUACGUCGACGAGCAGGAAGUUAUUGGAAGGGACAAAGAAAGAGAUGAAAUUGUCCAUAUGCUUCUAAGUGCCGAGACCGACGAAUUGCUAAUACUUCCUAUUGUUGGGAUAGGAGGACUGGGAAAGACAACUCUUGCACAGCUGGUCUUCAAUGACGUAAAAGUGAAAGCACAUUUUCAAAAGCAUAUGUGGGUUUGUGUGUCAGAGAACUUCAGUGUUCCUGUUAUUGUCAAGGGGAUAAUUGACACCGCAAUUGGGAAUGAUUGUGGACUGAAGUUUGAUAACCUGGAAUUGCUACAGCAACGUCUUCGGGAAGAACUGGGCCAAAAGAGGUACCUUCUUGUACUAGAUGAUGUUUGGAAUGAAGAUAAACAGAAAUGGGGAGCUCUUAGAACAUUGCUUGGUUCUUGUGGAAUGGGAAGUGCGGUGGUUGUGACUACCCGAAACGUGAAAGUUGCAUCAAUCAUGGAGUCAAUUAGUCCAUUGUGCCUAGAGAACCUUAACCCAGAAGAUUCUUGGAUUGUAUUCAGCAGAAGAGCUUUUGGCACAGGUGUGGUUGAGACUCCAGAGCUCGUUGAGGUUGGUAAAAGAAUUGUUGAGAAAUGUUGCGGGCUUCCGUUAGCCAUAAAGAGUAUGGGAGCCUUGAUGAGUACAAAACAGGAGACACGAGAUUGGCUAUCCAUCCUUGAAAGCAACACUUGGGAUGAAGAAAGCCAGAUACUGCCAGCGCUGUCUUUGGGCUACAAAAAUUUGCCUUCUCAUAUGAAACAAUGUUUUGCUUUUUGUGCAGUAUUCCCGAAGGACUACGAGAUUGAUAAGGACGAUCUAAUACAUCUUUGGGUAUCGAAUGGAUUUAUUCCAUCCAAGAAGAUGUCAGAUAUUGAAGAGAAUGGGAAUCAUGUUUUCUGGGAGCUUGUUUGGAGGUCAUUUUUCCAAAAUGUUAAGCAAAUUGGAUCAAUUUUCCAACGUAAAGUGUACAGAUGCAGGAGGCUGACCCACCUACCAGAUGGCAUGAAAUUUAUGAUUAGCCUUCGCCAUGUGUACCUUGAUGACUGUGCUCGACUAACAAGCAUGCCAGCUGGUCUAGGACAGCUCAUUAAUUUACGGACAUUGACAAAGUUCGUACCUGGUAAUGAAUCUGGCUAUAGGAUUAACGAACUGAAUGACUUAAAACUUGGGGGCAAGCUUCAGAUAUUUAAUUUGAUUAAAGUAACAAAUCCCAUAGAAGCAAAAGAAGCCAACCUUGAGUGUAAGACAAAUUUGCAGCAGUUAGCACUUUGCUGGGGCACAUCAAAAUCUGCGGAGUUACAAGCUGAAGAUUUGCAUUUAUAUCGUCAUGAAGAAGUACUUGACGCUCUUAAGCCUCCCAACGGAUUGACCGUUCUAAAGCUGAGGCAGUAUAUGGGCACUACGUUUCCCAUAUGGAUGGAAAAUGGAAUCACAUUGCGCAACAUUGUUAAGCUCAAAGUAACGGACUCCAUAAAUUGUAUGAAACUUCCAUCAGUGUGGAAGCUUCCCUUUCUCGAGGUUCUCCGACUAAAAGACAUGAAGAAGUUGAAAUACUUGUGUAACGGGUUCUGCUCUGAUAAAGAAUGUGAUCAUCAAUUAGUGGCAUUCCCAAAAUUAAAACUCUUGUCACUAGAACGAAUGGAAUCCUUAGAGAACUGGCAGGAAUAUGAUGUUGAACAGGUAACACCGGCUAAUUUUCCCGUGCUAGAUGCAAUGGAAAUCAUUGAUUGUCCAAAAUUGACAGCUAUGCCUAAUGCUCCGGUUCUCAAGUCGUUAAGUGUGAUAGGAAACAAAAUAUUGAUUGGCUUAUCGUCAAGUGUUAGUAAUCUGUCGUAUCUAUAUCUUGGUGCAAGUCAAGGGAGUUUAGAGAGGAAAAAAACACUAAUCUAUCACUAUAAAGAAAACCUGGAAGGAACCACAGAUUCAAAGGAUCAUGUUUUGGCCCAUCACUUUUCAUCAUGGGGCUCACUCACUAAAUUACACCUACAGGGAUUCAGUGCUCUAGCACCAGAAGAUAUACAAAAUAUAAGUGGUCACGUGAUGUCUGUGCAGAACUUAGAUCUAAUUUCCUGUGACUGCUUCAUCCAAUAUGAUACAUUGCAGUCACCACUGUGGUUCUGGAAAUCAUUUGCGUGCCUGCAGCACUUAACAAUCGAGUACUGUAACAGCCUCACCUUUUGGCCAGGGGAGGAGUUCCAAAGCUUGACUUCAUUAAAACGACUCGACAUUAGAUAUUGCAACAACUUCACGGGUAUGCCACCUGCCCAAGUCUCAGUGAAGUCCUUUGAAGAUGAGGGCAUGCAUAAUUUGGAACGGAUAGAAAUCGAAUUCUGCUACAACUUAGUGGCUUUCCCUACAAGCUUAUCGUAUCUGAGGAUAUGCAGCUGCAAUGUACUUGAGGACCUACCUGAAGGACUGGGUUGCCUGGGCGCUCUAAGAAGUCUGUCAAUUGAUUAUAACCCAAGACUGAAGUCCCUGCCUCCCAGCAUUCAACGUCUAUCAAAUCUGACCAGGCUCUACCUGGGAACUAAUGACAGCCUAACAACAUUACCCGAAGGGAUGCAUAAUCUGACAGCUCUCAAUGAUCUGGCUAUUUGGAACUGCCCUAGUUUAAAGGCUUUACCGGAAGGUCUCCAGCAGAGGCUGCACAGCCUGGAAAAGCUCUUUAUUAGACAAUGCCCUACGCUGGUGAGAAGAUGCAAACGUGGAGGAGACUACUGGAGCAAAGUUAAGGAUAUUCCAGAUUUACGUGUGACAGGGGACUAGGGGAGCAGCAUUCUGCUUGGGGAGAUGCAGCCAGAGCCGUAUAUGGCUGAAUAUUGUCAAAAUUCAGCCAGAGAAUUUAACGAUAUUGAUGAUGAAUCUCACAAAAUUCAUAUUGAGAAUUUAACGAUCUAUUGAUAUGGCUGAAUAUAUAUAUUGAUUGGUUAAAGAAAAUAUAUACAUUGGUUAGUCUUUUCAAGGAAAAUCUAUGUAGCAUGAAUUUAACAGGUUCCUAGAAUAUUAGUCGGCGUGAAUAUCUAAAUACUAAAUCAGUUGUAGUCCAUGCUAGCUAGUUUGUAUAUUCUUUGGAAUUGAAACAUACUUUGUUGUUAUAAAGAAGUCACAUCAUCGCUUAGCUUUAACACCAUUUGAUGUUGCUUUAACAGUUUAGAUUUGCACAAUAUUUUUCUAGCCUGCAUGAGCCCUUUUUUAGGCUGUUGGAUUAGCCAUUUCUUAUGGAUAUAUGUUACAAUUUGGCAACAACAUUGUACCCACCAACAUCCUGCAGUAAUGUGCCGGAUGUCAUCUAGUUUUAAAAUAGAAGUGCCUUUUAUCAAGAGUCAACAAUCAAACAUUAUUUAUCACCCAAAUUUUCCCUCCUAUACGAUUCUCUCCUUUUAAUUGAACAAUUUUGCUGUUUUGAUCUGCUUAGGCAUAAAUUUGGUAUAUGAUGAAAAUUUCUGGUAGACUAAUAAAUUUUGCAGAUGAUGAGUUUUUGGCUGGAUGGUUCUAUUUAUGUUUUUUCACACAUGUUAUUAACAUUACAUAUGCUUAUAAAGCUAAAGUUUGUAUAAAUUUUAUGAAAAAUUAUGUAUUAAUUGCCAGUUUUAUGUGUAUUCAUAUGCAAAUGAACUUCCAAAGUUUAUAGUUACAGAAUUAGUAAUUCUGUAGUUCAAAAUAAAUGCAGAACAAUGAAUAUUUUACCUAUAGUUAUACCUCAUAUAUAUGAACUUUUUUAUCUAACAUGAUCCGUUAAAAUUUGGGCAUAUCAAGUUCUUUGUUUGCAUUUUUUAAAUAUCAACAGCUGUGUUAGACCCCCGCAAAAAAAAAAAAACAGUUGUGUUAGACAUUUAGCAUAUUUUUUUACUUAAUAUCAUUAGACUAACAGGGACGGCCCUUAAUUAAUGGAUUAUA